CACCCCUUAAACCCUCGUCUCUCUAUCCCUGUUCACUCUCCGUACCCCUCCUCUCUCUCUCUCUCUCUCCUAAAUUAGGGUUUUAGGGCACGACAAAGGCGAUCGAGUUGGCGUUGCAGCGGAGCACCGUUUCCUUCUCCCUCCUCCUCCUCCUCCUCCUCCUCCUACUUCUACCCACGUGAGGGGUUUCCGAGGCGACGCUCACGCCCCCGCUCAACGGCCGUGUUCACCCCUCUCUCGCCCAAGACGGCGCCUUGUGGCUGCGGCGGCGCGAAGCUGGGGAGAGUCAUCGGCUCCAUGGCGAUGGGCGUUCCCGCCCACGGCGGCGCUCUCCGACCGUGCCCCGCCUCUUCGUCUUCGCGGCUUUGCUCCUCUGCCCUUCGCCCCGUCCCCGGGUCUCCGCGGCCGCCUCUGAAGCCCUUCCCAGGCCCAAGAAGGCAGGAAUUUUGUACGCUUCAUAGGUUGGAUGCUCAUGCUUCUGAUUUUAGAGUAUGUUAUCAAUCUUCAGAAUGGCGCUCCACUCUCAGCAAACUGAAUACUGUGGAGUCAGAUUGGGAUAAAGAGAGAACCAUGUUAAAGAUUAAAAAGCGCACUAACCAAAUUCUUAAAGAUGCUUAUGAUGGCCGGAUUUCUUUAAAGGGCACACAACGAAAAGAUCAGUUGCUUGAAGGAAAAAAGUAUUACCUGGGACCGUUACAAGACAGCAGUGCUCCUAAAUAUGCUAAUUAUCCUAAUGUGGAAAUUAGAGAGAGAUCAGCAUCUCAUUUUGCUACAAGUAGGCAUUCUAAUUUGGAUUUGGACACAAACCGUAUGAUGGAUCUUACUAGACAAUCUGAGUCUUUCCUGUCAGAGGCUGUUAGCAAGAAGAUCAAACCUAAUGGGUCUCAUGUAUCGAAAGAAACAAUUGAAGGGCAAUAUAUUUCUUCUAAAACUUCUCAGGAACAAGUUAAUGCUCUCAGGAAGCCUGAAAACUUACGUGCAGAACUUGCUUGCGUGUAUGAUAAAGUUCUCGUGGUUGAUAACAUCUUGGCAGCUAAGAAAGUUGUUCGACUGCUUACAACAGCAUACAGAAGAUUUGUUUAUGCAUGUGAUACAGAGGUAUCUAAUAUUGAUGUGAAACAAGAGACACCUGUUGGUCAUGGGGAAAUCAUAUGCUUUAGUAUCUAUUCUGGUCCAAAAGCUAACUUCGGCAAUGGAAAAUCUUGCAUUUGGGUGGAUGUACUUGAUGGUGGUAGGGAUAUUCUGAUGGAGUUCGCUCCAUUUUUUGAAGAUCCAUCAAUCAAGAAGGUUUGGCAUAAUUAUAGUUUUGAUAGUCAUAUUAUAGAGAACUAUGGUAUCAAGCUCUCUGGGUUUCACGCCGAUACAAUGCAUCUAGCACGGCUUUGGGACUCUUCAAGGAGGGCGGAUGGAGGGUAUUCACUUGAAGCACUUACAAGCGACCCCAAAGUUAUGUCUAGUGGAGACUCAAAACAUAAUAGUGGAUUAAGUGCUGCAAAGGUAUCAAUGAAAGCCAUCUUUGGUAAAAAAAAGGUUAAAAAAGAUGGAUCCGAAGGAAAAGUGAUCACUUAUGAUCCAGUUGAGAAACUUCAAAGGGAGGAUCGUGAAUUAUGGAUUUGCUACUCUGCUUUGGAUUCGAUAAAGGCUCUCGAACUUUUUGAGAGCUUGAAAAGGAAGCUUGAGGACGUCAAGUGGAUUGUUGAUGGUGAAACUAGAGGAUCAAUGUUUGAUUUUUAUGAAGAGUAUUGGCGCCCUUUUGGCGCUCUUUUGGUCAAAAUGGAAACUGAGGGAAUGCUUGUAGAUCGUUCAUACCUUUCAGAAAUAGAAAAGGUAGCUAUUGCUGAGCAGCAAUUAGCUGCAGCAAGGUUCCGGAAGUGGGCAAGUAAGUACUGUGCUGAUGCCAAGUACAUGAAUGUUGGAAGUGACACUCAAAUCCGUCAGCUUUUCUUUGGUGGCAUCCAGAAUAGUAAGACUCCCGAUGAAACUUUGCCGGAAUCUAAAACUUUCAAAGUGCCAAAUACUGAGAAUUUGAUUGAGAAGGGGAAGAAAAGUCCUUCUAAAUAUAUCACUAUUACGCUCCAUAAAAUAGUGGAUGAUAUGCGAACUGAGAUGUUCACAGCUAGUGGGUGGCCUUCAGUUAGUGGUGAUGCUUUGAGAGCACUUGCUGGAAAGAUCACGGCAGAUCAGAUCUAUAUGAUGGAAGAUGACUGUGGGGACAAAUCAGAUAUUAGUUUGGUUGAGGGUUCUUUGGUUGAGGAAAACAAAGAAACACCGGCCACAACUACAGAUGAUGAAGACUUAUCUGCAUAUGGCACAGCUUAUCAUGCUUUUGGAGGAGGAAAGGAGGGGAAGGAAGCGUGUCGCGCUAUAGCAGCUCUUUGUGAGAUUUGCUCCAUUGAUUCGUUGAUAUCCAACUUCAUUCUUCCAUUGCAGGGGAAUCAUAUUUCGUGUGAUAAUGGCCGGGUUCAUUGUUCAUUGAAUAUCAACACUGAAACUGGGCGCUUGUCAGCUAGGCGACCAAAUCUGCAGAAUCAACCUGCACUAGAGAAGGACCGUUACAGAAUUCGUCAGGCUUUUGUUGCUGGCCCUGGAAACUCUCUAAUUGUCGCUGAUUACGGGCAGCUGGAACUUAGGAUCUUAGCACAUCUUGCAAACUGUAAAAGCAUGUUGAAUGCCUUCAAAGCUGGUGGUGAUUUCCACUCUAGGACAGCUAUGAAUAUGUACACAUAUGUCCGUGACGCUGUUGAAGAAAAGAGAGUGCUUCUUGAGUGGCAUCCUCAACCUGGUGAAGAGAAACCUCCAGUUCCGUUGUUGAAGGAUGCUUUUGCUUCCGAGAGAAGGAAGGCCAAGAUGCUUAAUUUCUCUAUUGCAUAUGGAAAGACACCUGUUGGGCUCUCAAGGGAUUGGAAGGUUUCUUUAAAGGAAGCAAAAGAGACAGUCAAACUCUGGUAUAAAGAAAGACAAGAAGUUUUGCGGUGGCAAGAGAAACGCAAAAGGCAAGCACUGGAGAUGCAAUGUGUUCACACAUUGCUUGGAAGGUCACGCCGGUUCCCUUCUAUUGUUAAUCCCGGUCCUGGUCAGAGGGGUCACAUUGAGCGAGCUGCUAUCAAUACUCCUGUACAGGGCAGCGCUGCUGAUGUUGCAAUGUGUGCCAUGCUUGAGAUUGACAGAAAUGAGCGUCUCAAGGAGCUCGGGUGGAGAUUACUAUUGCAGGUGCACGAUGAAGUGAUACUGGAAGGGCCCACAGAGUCUGCGGAGCUGGCGAAGGCUAUAGUAGUCGAGUGCAUGUCCAAACCCUUCAACGGCCACAACUUCCUCAAGGUUGACCUCGCUGUCGAUGCCAAGUGUGCGCAGACUUGGUAUGCAGCCAAAUAACUGGGGACCCAGUUUUCGUUCAUAUGUCGACUCAUCGUGUUUCGAGCUGGUAUUUGAUACUAAGAUUGAAGGCCGCUGUGCCAAAUUUAAGCUCUAAGUGGCAUUGUUGUUGGUUAUUUGAUCGAGGAGGGCGAGGUGUCGCGUCGGCAAUAUAAGUAUAUGAUCCUGUGUAUAAUAGUGGCUUCCUUCGGGGAUCAAACAAAUACGGGAGCUAUUUGUAGGCUUCGCCGUCCUCUAUGUUCUUGUAUUGGUGCAAUUGCAUUUCGCCUGCAUUGAAUUAUCAAGCAUGCAAGCUCCCAUCGUCGGAAUGUUUGAGGUUUUGAUGUGGUCACGCUCAUCAUUUAGUUCUAUAGAGGCUUCCCUGGUGCGGGACGCAAGUGCUCUGUACUAACUCAGAAGGUAAAUUCAGAACACACUUGAUCCAUUCUUGUAUUAUCCUGUAAGCAUCGUGUGGUACACAUUUGUUGUUUUCAUCUCUUCUAUUGUGUUAUACUGUAACAGCAAGUAAAUCUUUGUUCCUCUAUUUCAGAGAAAAGUAGAAAUUUAUUUUUAUCAAAAUUGAAUGAAAAUUUUGAUACAA